AAUAUUACAAUAUAAAGAGAUUGUUAGAGCCACUGAAAUUAGUUCGGUUUUGGAGAGCAAAACACAAGACGUAAUCGAUAUGGCGAACAUUAUUUCGCUUGUCGUAUUCUCCGUUCUUAUAACCGUUCGUGGUUCAAUUAUUUUUCCUGAUUAUGACUUGACAUAUCAAGAACCGAGGAUCGUCGGCGGGGAGGAUGCUCCUGAAGGUGGAAUCCCGUACCAAGUAUCUCUCAGAUCCAAACUGAACUCCCACUUUUGUGGAGGCUCCAUUUUGAAUAACAGAUGGGUGCUUACAGCGGCCCAUUGCACUGUCGGCCAAUCAAGCAAAUCUAUCCAAGUUGUCGUUGGCACAAAUACCCUUAAAAGCGGGGGCGAUCAAUAUUCAGUAGAUACCAUCAUCAUCCACAAGGACUACAACAGUUAUCUGAUCACUAAUGAUGUCAGCGUCAUUAGAGUAACUGAAAACAUCGAGUUCACUGAAAAGAUUAAGCCUAUACAGCUACCUGAACGUGAUACUGAAAGUGGAGCAAGUCUACUGUUAACUGGUUGGGGAAGACUCUCUUAUCCAGGCUCCCUUCCCAAUAAACUGCAGAUGAUCAAUCUAACAGCGCUGAGCACAGAACGCUGUCAGAGUUUAAUGAAUAAGGUCAAUCCUGUAUACGAUACACAAAUAUGUUCGCUCACCAAAUCCGGAGAAGGCGCGUGUCAUGGUGACUCUGGUGGUCCUUUGGUAGAAGAUGGCAAAAUUGUAGGCAUCGUCUCUUGGGGCAUGCCAUGUGCUCGGGGCUACCCCGACGUGUACACCAGAGUUUACUCAUUCAAAGAUUGGAUUUUGGAAAAUAUUUCUGAUCAAGGCGAAAACGCUUCAAGCGAAAUAACAGAAUAGUAAUGGAUUUUUUAUUUACCUACGUAAAACAUUUUGCAUUGUAAAAAUAUUUCUGUACAUAU